AUGGGGAACACAUCCAGCGUCGCCGGCCGUGAGUGCUUCAUGGCCGCCGUGGGAGGAAACCCUAGUAUGGCGACCUUUCGGGGAGAUCUGUUAUAUGAAUUUCGAGCCCUCCCAUCCUAUAACCUAGCCAUUCCUGUCCAUCCUGAGGUCAUCACCUAUCCGAACACUGCGGCCCAAGUCGCUGAAAUUGUGCGUUGUGCCGUUAAAGGAAACUACCGGGUGCAAGCUUACAGUGGAGGUCACAGCUAUGGUAACUAUGGUCUAGGAGGAGCCGAUGGUCAUGUCGUCGUCGACCUAAAAUGCUUCCAACAAUUCUCCAUGGAUCCGGAUACCCAUAUUGCCACGAUUGGAGCCGGUACAAAUCUGGGUGAUCUUCAAGACCGUCUUCUGCAUGCAGGUGGUAGAGCUAUGGCACAUGGAUCUUGUCCCCAAGUCGGUGUUGGUGGUCAUUUCACGAUUGGUGGCCUCGGUCUCAUGUCGCGACAAUGGGGAACUGCGUUGGAUCAUGUGCUGGAGGCUGAAGUAGUUCUGGCUAAUUCGAGCAUUGUGACAGCGUCGGACACGCAGAACCAGGACAUUUUCUGGGCUAUCAAAGGUGCGGCCGCCAGCUUUGGCAUCGUCACUCAGUUCAAAGUUCGCACUCAGGAAAUCCCCAAGGGUGCUCUGCAAUACACGUAUACAUUCAGCCAAGGAAACGUACUUGACAAAGUCAAACUCUUCCAAGCCUGGCAGUCUAUCAUUGCAAAGCCUAAUAUUACGCGGAAUUAUUCCACCGAGCUCACAAUAUUCCAGGAUGGCAUCGUGAUUACGGGCAGCUUCUUCGGAACCAGAGAGGAGUUCCAUGAUUUUGAGCUGGAAAACAAUCUCCCAAUCCAAAACAUGGGCAAUAUAGCAUACAUCACGAACUGGCUAGCCUUAGUAGCCCACGCGGCUGAGAAUUACCUGGUCUCGAUCGGCGGAGCCUUACUCACUUCGUUCUACUCCAAGUCAGUAUCGUUCACAGUCGACGAACUGUUCACCGAACACGGCCUGGUCGCCUUAUUCACAUACCUCGACACCGCACCGAAGGGCAGUGAAAACUGGUGGGUUAUUUUCGAUCUGGAAGGUGGUGCAACCAACGAUGUUCCUAUGAAUGCCACGGCGUAUUUUCACCGUGAUGCUGUCAUGUGGAUGCAAUCGUAUGCUGUUGUCGGUUUUGAGCCUCCUGCAUUCAUUGCCAGGAGAUUCCUUGAUCGCUUGCAUCAGGUUGUGAUAGAAAAUCGACCACCCGGUCCUCUGCGUUCCUAUCCGGGAUAUGUUGAUCCUUACCUCAAGGAUGGUCAGAUGGCAUACUGGGGAUCCAAUCUUGGACGGCUCCAAAGUAUCAAGACUCUCAUUGAUCCGAAUGAUGUCUUCCACAAUCCGCAGAGUGUGGCUGUUAAUCCCAUUAUCAAGUCUCACAAUUAG